GCCAUUUUAUGAAAUGAAGAAAAGACAAAAUAAAAUUACUUCUCACUUUGGAUCACCUUUUAAGAGUAACCAAAUAAAAUAUAAGAGAGGCCCGCGGCCAGUGUACAAGAAUAUAUCAAGUAAAUGGUUCACGGCGAAUAGAAUUGUAACUUUAAGACACCUUUCUAAAAGAGACUGACAAUUUUUAGGGGUCUUUCUGCUAUUACUUGUGGCUCAGGAGAAUACUCCACGAGCUAUAACUGCCUUGCUAUACAGUCGAGUCCUAGCGCGGCUGCUUGUCCAGUGUAUGAUAUUGUUCCUCCGCCAUCAUGGUCUCCCACUUGUCAAGGGCCAGGUGGAUUUUGGUACAUCCAUGUCGGGGGAUUAGACACAGCAUGGGUAUCAGGUUCUGAUGCGAUGUGUUUGUCUACCGGUAGAGUACCAGUUGCUUUUGGCACUCAACCUUGUCAGUACAAAUCAUCCCUAAGUGUGUGUGAGGAAAUGCUCGUACAUGCUGGAUGUUCUUGGAAAGCAACGACUCAAGCAGAUACGCAACCAACUACAACCGAAACGACAAAAACUGAACCAACGACUACUAAACCCACUACAAUCGAACCCAUAACAACCAAAUCCAUAACAACUGAACCCACAACAAACAAGCAAACUACAGCCGAACUCAUUACAAUCGAACUCACUACAGCCAAACCAACUACAUCUGAACACACAACAGCCAAACCCACUACAAUCGAACUCACUACAACUGAACGCCCUACAACCAAACCAGCAACAACUGAACUCACAACAACUGCGCCAAUUACAAUUGAAGCUUCUACCACUACACCCAUUACAAGUGCACCCACUACAACUGAUCCUGCAACAGCAGAACUUACGAUAUCUGAGCAAAAUACAGUUGAACAUACAACUGCGAUAAUGGCAGUUGAACCUAAUACUACUCAAAAUGAUACCACAUUUCACGCCAAUGAACCUUCAACUGGACAUUUUGCAGCAUUCAAUUUCACUCUUACGACCAACAAAGGAUUAACUAACACAGACGCAAAUACUCCACAAGCUUCCGAAACGACAUCUUUAUUUACACUAAACGAAACUCAAUCUAAAACAUUUACCCCGGGAAAUGUCAAAACUCAUCCAGAUAUAUCUCAAUAUCAGUAUGUGAAUGGAAUGUACUUUGCAACUGAUGUGGCCUCGUUAACAAUCGGCGGAUUUGGAAUUGCUAUUUUCCUUUCAAUAAUUGGUGCAGUUAUUUUGGUUGAUGUCAUGACAAUCAAAAACAAUAUCAUCCCAAAGAAAAAGUAUGCAAGGCGAGGAAGAUUAAGAAAAGAUAUUUCGCAACUGCUUCUUUUGGAUAUCGAAUGAAUCACAAAUGGCCCCCAUGGAGUAUGGGCAACUUAGAUCACGUAUUAAUGAAUUGUAUAUAAAUAUACAUUGUGUCCCAAAUUAACAAAAUGAAACAUGUCGAAUAUAAUUCUUUUUAAUUAAUUCAAAGAGCUGAACUAUAUGUUUAAAUACUACUACUAUGGCAUUAUAUGUUCUGAAGUAAUAUGUAGAUACACUUUGGAUUAAAUAGAAGUGCUGUGUAAUAUUAUAAAAAAUAACAUGCACGUCUUUUGAUUACUUGUACAAAAUACAUGCACAGAAUUACUC